CCAGGCGGCCAAAGUCUCUGGCUUCCAGGUUUUUCUGUUUGCUUACUCCCUAUCUGGGGGCCCAAGGUGCUGUCUCCGCCACCCGAGUCCCACGUAAACCCGGGUGACCUGGGAGGCAUCGUUGGAUUGUGAGUCACUGACAUCAGGCGGCGGCGUGGGUUCGGGAGAAACCCGGCGGCGGGGAGAUAAGCCUGCCCAGCAGGCAGGGGGAUGGGCUGGCUGCCCCGCCCCGCGCCUGACUUCGCUGGGGAGGGAGACGCCCGGCUCCCGCCCCUGACUGGCCCAGCCGCGCGGAGCGCCUGGGAGAGGAGAAGGAGCCGACCUGCCGAGAUGGAGGCGACCGGCACCUGGACGCUGCUGCUGGCCCUGGCGCUGCUCCUGCUGCUGACGCUGGCGCUGUCUGGGACUCGGGCUCGAGGCCACCUGCCCCCCGGGCCCACGCCGCUGCCGCUGCUGGGGAACCUCCUGCAGCUACGGCCCGGGGCGCUGUACUCGGGGCUCAUGCGGCUGAGUAAGAAGUAUGGACCAGUGUUCACCGUCUGCCUGGGACCCUGGCGGCCCGUGGUGGUCCUGGUUGGGCAGGAGGCUGUGCGGGAAGCCCUGGGAGGUCAGGCUGAGGAGUUCAGCGGCCGAGGAACCAUAGCGAUGCUGGAACGGACUUUCGACGGCCAUGUGAUCACCAGCCGUGAUCCAGGUAAAGCCCUGAGGGCUCAGAAAGAUGCCGGAGAGCUUUCGAGGUGCUGGGAAUUGGAGGAACAAAACCCACACACAGAAUUCACCGAGAAGAACAUGCUGAUGACAGUCAUUUAUUUGCUGUUUGCUGGGACAAUGACAGUCAGCGCCACGGUCGGCUAUACCCUGCUGCUCCUGAUGAAAUACCCUCAUGUCCAAAGGCGCUUCACUGGAGAGCAGCUCUAA